AUGUCGAUGUUCAACGUACUCGUCGUUGGCCAAACUGGAUGCGGGAAGAGCUCGGUCGUGAACAUGCUCGCUGGAGAAAGCCGGGCACCCACGUCUCACGACCUCAGCCACUGUACUAAACACUGGGUUGAGUAUGCCAUCCCAGUCGACGGCCAUUCAUUCCAGGUUUUUGAUACCAUCGGGUUUCUCGAACCCGGGCUGGAUACAAAAGGGUACACGGAAGCUAUCGCUGAUACUUACCUCGCGAUCGAUACUCUAAGGCAAAGAGGCGGCAUUGAUCUACUUCUUUACUGCGUACGCGACGAAGAGAUCUCCAAGAUGAAGGUCACUAUAGUCGCUCUUGUCGUCACAAGUCGUGGCAUAAGCCACAAAGUCUACAAGGGAAUCUUCCGCUCACACAAAAUCGCAUGUGUGGAUUACGUCUGCGCAAACAUAGCUAGCACGCCUGGACGUAGUAAUUCAACUGCGGACACCGAAUCGCAGAAGGCGAUCAAGGAACUGCUAGUGAAGUGUUGCGAUGCGGGACCUAAUCCUAGGUCCACUCUGCAACAGCUAUGGCUGCGAGUUCAGAAACUCGUUGGGACAGACCAGUCUCACCGAUCUCUCAAACGAAAUGAGGUGUCCGCGUUGCUCACGCGGCGUUGCAAGAUGCAACAGGAGGUGGUCGAGCAGUUGCUCACAGCCCUGAACCUCCAGUCGCCGUCAAGUCGGCUUCAUCGGGCACCCUAUGCAGGCGCUGCAACUCGCAAUUUGCCUUCGUCAGAGAACGGCGCUAGUACUCGAGAUGAACAAGUGUCGGAUGCUAGGCCGAGCUCUGGAUCUCAGUUACAUUCUGUUGUGGAUAGUACCUCUCUGCAUUCUCGCUCAGACAGCUGA